UUUGCGCACUGAAUGGGAUUGCUGGGAAGAAGAAGGAGGUUGUCGAGGUUGGGACUCUAGUGAGGGAGGUUCAGUCCCAGCUGCUGUGAAAAGGAAUCCUCCUCAUCAGGACCCGAGUCGCCCUUUUUGUUGCACGUUAACGACACGAGCCGAAGCUCCAGAGCGAGACCUUUCACAUGGACAUGAUGGACGAGGACAUCAUCGAUGACCGGGCCAAGCUGAAGCAGGGCCUCGUCAAAGUGCUCCAGUGCGUGGCCACCAUCUCCUCAGCCGCAGCUGUGGUUAACCCCAUUUUUGGGGUGGCCGGCUCCCUGAUCCGGGUGGUGCUGCACCACGUUGACGACGAGGACAUCCGCACCCUGAAACGUGAGUUUGGCUCGGUCAACCGGAUGCUGGACCAGCUGUCCCAGCAGAAUCGCAACACGCUGGUCCAGAUCAAGAAGGAGACGCUGGACGGCCAGUACGGUCAGGUGGAGGAGAACCUGAAGAACCAGUUCAGAAAGUUCAUGGAGAUGGUGGAGGCGCGGCCGGAGCACCGCGUGCGCAAGAAGGACGACUACGAAGAAAGCUACUCCAAUGACUUGGGUGACCAGAACCUGCACACGCUCUACGACGGCGUGGUGGGUAAACCGAAGCUCUUCAGCAGGCCCAUCCUGGAGGUGUACCUGAAGCACUCGCAGGGCGACCGUCCCACCAUGGAGCGACUCUGCACGCGGCUCACCUACCUGUUCUGCAUCGGCCUCAUCGCCCUGAUGGGCUACGCCGCCGUCAUCGGGGACGAUGAGGAGAGCCUGACUGAGGAGUGGGCCGAGAAGAUGGAGCAUGUGCAGGAGAAGAUGCAGGAGGCUCUUCGCAGGUGCCAAUGAAGAAGCUGUGUAAUGAAAAGCUUGUUUUCUGCACUGCUG